CGAGAGAGCCGGUGCGGGAAUAAAAAAUGAUGUUUGGGCUGAGGCUCUACCUCUACAGAAGUGAUAAUGUCCAGUUUCCUUUUUCUAUCGGGACAUUUGUCAAACACCUUCCAAUCUCAAAACCAAACGCAUUUUAUCAUCGCAGAAUCAGCGCAAAAAGGAUAAUUGCAACAUCAACUCAUACGUCUUCCUCUUAUGAGACGCUGACUUCCCGCCAAAAAGGCCAGAUUCACCAUUACGUUGAGGCUCUUCUCGACUGGAACCAGAAAAUGAAUCUUACUGCUGUUACCGACGCGAAUGAAGUCAUGAAAAGGCAUGUAGAGGACUCACUCGCAUUGCUACGUCCUAUUCGUGAUUCUUAUGUUUCGCAUUGCAACUCUUCGGUUGACAAUCUCAAACUUGUUGAUGUUGGAACUGGUCCUGGGCUUCCUGGACUGGUUUUAGCUAUUGCUUGCCCUGGCUGGAAAAUAACCCUUUUGGAGUCCAUGAACAAGCGUUGCGUUUUCUUGGAGCAUGCAGUUAGCGUUACUGGGUUGUCAAAUGUUGAAGUUGUAAGGGGCAGAGCAGAGAGUUUAGGGCGGAAUGAUUGCUUCAGAGAGCAAUUUGAUGUAGCAGUUGCCAGAGCAGUUGCAGAAAUGAGAGUUUUAUCGGAGUACUGUCUUCCUCUAGUUCGAGUUGGUGGGUUGUUUGUAGCUGCAAAGGGCCAUGAUCCCCAAGUGGAAGUUCAAAAUGCAGAAAAAUCAAUCCAACUAAUGGGUGCAUCUAUAUUGCAACUUUGCUCAGUGGAAUCACACAGCCCAAAUGGGCAGCGGACAGCAAUCAUAUGUGUAAAAGAUCGCCCCACUCCAAGGAAGUAUCCUCGUGAUCCAGAGGCUUAUGUGACUUCCUUUAUUGCAUUUCUCACCUGCAUGUGUGGACUGUGGAGGCGGACUGUUUAAAAAAAUUCUACUUGAUCUUUAUUCCAUAUCGCCUACUGGUAGAUCUUGCAACAUCUUUAUAUUCUAUUAAUCCUUCUAACUUCAGCACCUGAAUUUUAAAGUUGGGAUUGGAUUUCUAAUAUGUUACAUGCCCACAACCUUGCAAUCAAAGGUAAAUGUCAUUUUCUGUAGCCUUAGAUUGUUUCCUUUCUUGCAAUUAUUGCAUAGUUAGAUCUUGUUCUAUAUUUCUGCUUUUUAACGUGGCAGCGGCAUAUGAACACGAUAACAUGUUUUAGGGAGGUAGGAUUUUAUAGGAGAUGAAACAGAAUGAUAAUUUGUAUAUCUUUUGGAGGUUAUAUACUUUAGCAGAUGAAUCUCAUACCCUAACAUCCUAAAUAUGCAAUGCAAUAGGAUAGUGGUGUUUUCAUUGAGGCAAAGGAAAGGUAGGUCAGAAUAAUGGUUGCACGAGAAAAACGACCUCUACCUAACUUCCUCUCCACUUGCUAUUAGUUGAGUAGGUUAAAGUGCCGAAGCUUCAAUAAGUUCAAUGUAGGUCCCUAGAAAAAAAUCAAGCUGCCACAUAGAGCUUGUGAAAUUAGUGAGCUAUAUAAAAGAAAGCAACUUCUGACAUAAACAACUUCCUUUUCAGUGGCAGUUUUUUCGAUUUUGGUAUGAUAGGAUACAAUUCUUUAGUUCAGUAGGGACCCUAGGAAUCAUAUAUAGACCUACCUUUUGAUAUAGGAUAAAUUAACCCAUUUUUGGCAAAAAUGAUUAAAAUACU